AUGGAGGCCAUCAAGAAGAAGAUGCAGAUGCUGAAGCUGGACAAGGAGAACGCCCUGGACCGGGCCGAGCAGGCGGAGGCCGAGCAGAAGCAGGCGGAGGAGAGGAGCAAGCAGCUGGAGGACGAGCUGGCCGCCAUGCAGAAGAAGCUGAAGGGGACGGAGGACGAGCUGGACAAAUACUCGGAGGCGCUGAAGGACGCCCAGGAGAAGCUGGAGCUGGCGGAGAAGAAGGCGGCCGACGCUGAGGCAGAAGUGGCAUCUUUGAAUCGCCGUAUCCAGCUGGUAGAGGAGGAGUUGGAUCGAGCCCAGGAGCGUCUUGCCACAGCUCUGCAAAAGCUGGAAGAGGCAGAGAAGGCUGCAGAUGAAAGUGAAAGAGGCAUGAAAGUCAUUGAAAACAGAGCUCUGAAGGAUGAGGAGAAGAUGGAACUGCAGGAGAUCCAGCUCAAGGAAGCCAAGCACAUUGCUGAGGAGGCAGACAGGAAGUAUGAGGAGGUUGCUCGGAAACUGGUGAUCAUAGAAGGAGAUUUGGAGCGUACUGAAGAGAGAGCCGAGCUUGCGGAGUCUAAAUGUUCCGAGCUGGAGGAGGAGCUGAAGAAUGUCACCAACAAUCUCAAGUCUCUUGAGGCUCAGGCUGAGAAGUACUCCCAAAAAGAGGAUAAAUAUGAAGAAGAGAUCAAGAUCCUGACUGAUAAACUCAAAGAGGCGGAGACUCGUGCUGAAUUUGCUGAACGAUCUGUAGCCAAGCUGGAGAAGACCAUUGAUGAUUUGGAAGAUGAGCUCUAUGCCCAGAAACUGAAGUACAAAGCAAUUAGUGAGGAACUGGACCACGCCCUGAAUGACAUGACUUCCAUGGCCCGAAGAGCCCUUCAUGAGCCAAGUUUUGGUGAAAUGGGACAGCCCCUGUGGUUUCCUGAACCUCAGAUAAACUGAAAUCCACCAAAGAGGAGCAUCUCUGCACGCAAAGAAUGCUGGACCAGACCCUGCUAGACCUGAAUGAAAUGUAAUGGAUCCCUGCCACUGCCUCUGCCACAUGAUGCUAGUGGGGGCCAGCCCAGCCACUGCUGACUUCUAACCCUUGGGGACCACAGUUUACCUUCUGUUGCCAACUUGACCAAACAUUAAUCUUCCACUUCACCUCAGGGUUAAAGGUCAUCAGGUUGGGCAGAGCUUGAAACAGCAUUUUUAAGGGAAAUAAACAAUGCAAUAAUGUUUGGGGAGCAUGUUUGAGAUGUAUACAUUUUGUAACUACCUUUUUUUGUAGCAACCAUUGUAAACAUUCCAAAUAACUGAGGCUCAUGAGCUACACUUCAAAGCUCUCUGCUUUAAAAUUUGGUAUUAACUUUUUGUUAAUCAGCGUAGGGCUGCCCUGCUUUAGCAGGGGAAUGAGGAGGGUGUGAUGGUUCCUAGCUGUGGGCUGCUGAGUUGAAGUAGCCUGGCUAGGAAGGGAAACCUUCCUGCCUCAUCCCCUGUGGCCUGUUAGAGCUGGAACUCCUCUCCAGGAGCUGUUUGCCAAAAGCACAGUUCAGUUUCUCAGCUUUAAAGGUAACACUGUUGUGGAAAAGCAAUUUGAGCAGGAGGAGACUUUUUUUUUUUUUUUAAGCCAAGUGUGUUAUCUGAAUAUUUGAAUCUUCACAGGGGUGUUUCCCUUCCCCUCCCUGCGGCAUCGGCCACUUCCUUUCCCCGCAGGCUUAGAGAAGCCGCGGCCCCUCUAACCUGUUGCUACACAGGGGUUAAAUUUGCCUUCACUAAGUGCUGAUGUACCAAGCUUUAUCACUCAUCACUGGGUUCAAUUUAACAGCUUAAGUACAAAAGUCUUGUUUUCUCUGAGCAGUUUUGCCUGCCCUGGGGGGAGGCCAGGCCUUCCCUCCCAGCCAGGAGUGCUCCUAAUGUCUUAAUGAGGUACAAGCCAUCCUGCAGUGCGUUCGUGCGUAGUUGUCGUGAGGUGUGAGUGUGGAGAUGUGCCAAGCUCGCUGUGUAGCUUGUGGUUCAAGCAUGCUGCUUGGUUGUAGCAGUGUCAGGGGCCAAUCUGGAGAAAAGAACCAUAUCAAGUGUUUUGAUACUGAAUUUGGGAAAAAAAAAAAACAAAAAAAAAACAAUUGUCUUACUGUCUUUUGAAAUAAAACCGAGCCCUCCA